AGCUGCACAAAACAAUGGCAAGCGAAGGAGCAAGUAACCAAAAUGCAGUUUGCACACUGUGUGACAAGAUCGGACUUAAGCCAUUCACCAAGCAAAACGUAUUCUACUAUUACAUACCAUUGCAUGGCGUUGUAUCAUACUCAGCUUUAGCCGUAAACGUAAUGAAUCCGGGAUUCAUUUCAAAGGUUCUACCCAAAAAGGAUUUGACUAAUGUGCUCUUGCUGAGCAGUUUGGCCGGCGCAGCCUUUUACAUAUAUGGACGACCACAUCUACGUACUGUACCAAAUAACCGACGUGGUUUAUAUGCGCUAUUAGGAGGAUCACUCUUUAGCAUGGGUUCGGUGCUCGGUUGGGCUUUAAUGAGAUCUAUAUUGCCAAGAGAUAACGCAGCUAUUGCUACCAUUGCGGGUCUGGCUUCGGGAGCCGUCGUUGUUAAGCUGAGUACUGACUAUUUCACUGAUUGUGACAAACUGGUUACAAAGAAUUAAACAAAAAUAGCAGUGAUCGUGUUAUCUUGGUGCUCCUGCAACUAAAGGGACAAAUCUAAUUUUAGUCAUCGACUUUCAUCUUUUUUUUUUUAUGUAGCAAUUAAAAGUUCAAUACACCGACCGGAAUUUUCGAUUGCAGUGGAAUAUGUGAAAAUGCAAUGCCGCGCCCAAUGGCUGACAACCCGUUUUUUUAUAUUUGGACAAGCCUUUACUCGUGGAUAUUGUUUAUGUAGUAUAUAAAUAUAUUUGUACUUCGAACCAGGUUAAAAUAAAGUUUAAAGUUAAAAUUGCUGCUAAUGGAUUUCUAUAAAUAUGUAGUAAAAAAUAAAAUCUAAAUACUAAAAUGAAAAUGUAUUUAAAAA